ACCAAAUUCUAGUACCGGUGUCGGUACAGUUAUUCUCAACAAGUAGACGAAUCGACAAGCAGGUAUUACAGUCCACGUCUAAGAGCACCUGAAGUUCACGGGGAAGCUCCGUCUGUCUCUUCGUCGACGUCUAGUCGCAUCUAGAAAAAUUGCCGUUUCUUCUGACAUGUAAAUGUGAUAGUGAUUCGAGUGGUGUUGAUUGUUCCAGAAGACUGUUCUUUUACCUAAGUAAACAGAAUAUAACUGAUACCAAAUGGAAGCCAAAUUACUGCUGAUCGUUUCUCUUGCUCUGACAUCACAAUGUCCACAAAUUCACGCAGAAGACCAUGCCAGCGAAGACUUCGGCCAGUUUGCAGAAUUAGCUGCAGAAUUGUUCCAAUCGCAAGGCGCUCAAGGACUGGGAUCCAUGGUACAAGGGCUGAUGGGUAGUGCCAUAACUGGAGUCUUAUCAGGCGAUGGUGAAGGUGGUGGACAAGGUGUAGGCAAUUUAGGACGAGUUCUUCAAGGUAUAGGUAACAUGGUUGGUCCAAACGCUAAAGGUAUCGAUACUGAAGUUAUAUCCGGCAUAGUAGGAAUGAUUGGCAGUUCCUUGGAUCCUCAGAAGAGAGAUGAAACUGGAAUUGACAUGUUCACGGUACUAUCGACUGUUGGAGGAGUUCUCAGCAAACCUGGAAAUGCGGAGAAACUGGAACAGUUCACUGCUUAUAUGCCAUUGAUGAUGGACUUCCUAAACUCUGUUUAUGGUCCAGAAGCUAAACAGAGAGAGAAAAGACAUGCUGACCACUCUUGGGCGAUGCCGCCAUUAUUAGAAAGAUUCCACAUACUAGCAGAUCAUUUCAUGAACUCUGAUUUUGGAAAGAAAAUUAUGGAAACACUAGGAGCAGAAAAAAUAAUCAAGAUUUUCUCUGACGAAUCCGGGAAAUUCAGCUAUGAUAAAUUUGUGGAAUUGAUGGAAAAUCACUCCUUCCGAAGGCACUGGAUUCAUAUGGUUACCUUGAGGAUAGGCAAAUUUGUGGAAUAUUAUUCGGAUCCUAAAAUUUAUGAAAAGUAUAUAACUGGUAUCGAAAUAUUCAUCAAUGGCUACCUCAGUAGUCAAGGUUAUCCAAAAUCAGUGCUCUUCCAAGCUGAUACUCCUGUGAAAAGCUUAGCAGCUCUUGCAGACUUUAUGUUUGAAAAAUACUUAAAUACAAAAAUCGACUCGAAGCAGUAUAUGAUGCCGAUUGUUUCAUAUAUUACGCACGUCGUCAAUAUGAUCAAAGAGAAGGGUCGAUCUAGAGGAGGUACCGAAGGCAUCUCAGCAAAAUUAGCAGAUUCAAUCAAUUUGGAAAUCAUCGAACCAAUAGCUCGUGUGAACCGAGCUUAUAGGUUUUUGAAGAAAAAUUCUAAAUGUGAUAAAUAUGUGUUAUGUUUGGUGAACCAGAAGGAUUUGAGAACAGACACAAUACCAGGUCUUAAAAUGUUGCUGAGCAAAGCUACAAGCUUUGUUGCUAGUUGGGCUCUAAGUUCACUCUCCGAGUCAUCGAUGUUGGAAUAUUUCAACCUCAUUAUGUACGAACAGCAAUGUCAGAAAUAUUUCAAACCAGAAUGUAGUGAUUACCAUGAUGAGGAAGUGAAAGUAACGACUGAAUAUAUUCAUAAUGAACUUUAGGUUAAGAAGAUGUAAUUAAUAUUUAUAAUGUAAAAUAUCAAUAAAAGUCAAUCAAAUAA